AUGUCGCGUCCAGAGCCGUCUCCUGGAACUCGCAAAGACAGUACGGCGGCCUUGACGCGUCUAACUUCGGCAAUUUUUUUCGAUACUACUUGAAUAUGACUGUUAACUGCAGAAAACGAAGAUUCAGAAGGCGAGAGCAUUUUCGAAGAAUGUUCCGAGUUCUCAGCAGAAACGCAACAAACCGGAAAUUGUGUUCGUUUUGAAGACGAGAUAAAAAGCUGAGUGAAAAAACAUAAUUCAGGCGCAAACUGUUAAAAGCAGGAGAACUCGUCUUAAGUCUGAACCAGAGUUAUUCGUAACUAUUCAUUUUAUCGAUCUGUUCACUUCAAUUCAUUCAGAUGGGAAGUUUUGUGUCACUUGGGCUCGGGUGGUUUCGGGGAUGUUUACAAAGUAAAAAGAACGAAUAAUGAUAAGGUUCUCUAGUUUCGUUUCUUGUUUUUUAACAAUAUCACAACCCAACUCGCAUGUUUGAAUUCUUUACGAGUAUUUGACACAGGAGUUUGCCAUGAAGACGGAGUUCAAUGUGGGAAGCAGAACCGUGCGGCGGCUGAAAGUCGAGAAAAAUCUGCUGCAGGAACUGAUGACGCGCGAGAGUCGACGACAUUUCGUGGAGUUUGUAGAAUACGGCACGAAUGUGGAGUACAAAUGGUUCGUCAUGACCCUGAUCGGUCCUUCUCUGGACAGCGUCCGCCGAAUCUUCACGCGCAACUAUACCUGUUCUACUGUCUACAAGACUUCUAUCCAGUUGGUUGAGGUGGGAGAUGUUUUCCGAAAGCGCGAACUGGCGAGAUGAAAAUUAUUCUACAGACAUUUUCUCGCGAUUUUCGUCGAGAAACUUUCCGAAAAUUCUUAAUAAUUAGUCAUUUGGACGAGUGAAAAACGGAUAAUUUUUAACAAAAAACAAUUAUCAUAAAACUACACACUGUUCCAUCGGCGCAUCCAUAAAAGCUAACAGAGGGCACUUUCUCAUUCAAUCGCGUUGCGCCGAAGAUCAAUCUACAACCUAAAUAAUUCAAUUUUCUUAUGUAAAAUACUAUUUAUGUACAUUAGGAUACAUUCAGACUUGCUGAUUUCUAAGAUUUUUCGAUUAGAUUUUAAAAUUCGCAAUUCACAGCUAGACAAGAUGGCGUUUCCAACUCGAAUCCGCUGCAGCGGAUAUGUUUUGCCCGGUCUUUGUUAGGAAUAACCUAAACUCAGGCUCUCCAAGAUCUGCACAAUGUUGGAUACCUUCACCGCGAUAUUAAACCGGCGAACGUCUGCAUCGGAUUGCCGCCAAAUGACAUUGUAAUUUUUCUGCUCGACUUUGGCAUUGCUCGAAAAUACUUGAACAAAAAGGGAAUACAGCGGGUUUUUCAGUUCUUUUCGCGUCUUUUUUCAUUCUCGUGUUUUCAGCCAGCACGAUCUCGCGUGAGAUUUUUCGGGACUGCUCGGUUCUGCUCUAGGGCUUGUCAUAACAAUAUUGAUCAGUCUCCCAAAGACGACCUCGAAGGAUGGCUCUACACGGUGGGUGCUCCGUAGAUACUUUUUUAUUUUGACAAGCCUCCUGUUUAAAUCUUACUUUUUCAGGUGAUGGACCUGUUUUGCGUAUUGACGGGACUACCGUGGAAAAUGAGCAAGCACCCAGAAAUUCUCGCAAAAAAGAAUGAAUUGUUUGCCGAUCAAAGUGCCGUCUGUAUUUUCUCAAAAUGACGAUCGGCUCUUUCAGACUUGCCGGCUGCUGUCCCUUCCCACUUCAAAAGAAUCAUGCGCUAUAUGAAUGCUCUGAAAUAUACGGACUGUGUCGAUUAUCAGUACGGCUUGACCGAUUUUAGAAAAUUUGUGCUUCAGCUACGUGAUCAACGAACUGAAGACCGAAGCUACGGAACAAAAAAUAUCUCUCACAGACAAAUUUGACUGGGAAGGAAAAUCCGAAGAGCUGAAACGCAAGAAAACUCCGCCUGAUGAAAAUAAGGAAAAGUCCGUGGGGGUUGGUCUUUCGACAGUCCAACGAAAUUCGCACUCAACUCUUUUCAGGAUGAACCACAGAGCGGGCAAUGCUCAGAAACGGAAGAAGAAGUAGAGUCAUUUUUUUCUAUUUUUGCAAGAACUUUUUUAUUGAGGUGAAAGUGGUGGAUAAAAAGAAAGACAAGAAGAAAGACGAGCAAAGCGGCGAGCUAGUCGAAAACGUCAAGCUACAAAAAAAGAAGUCGCCGACGCGGAAAACGGGCGAAAAAGGGAAGGAAAGUCGCUCUUCGGACAGGCCGAAAGAAGCUCCGAAGCGGCGGUGGUCCAAACUGACCACAAAAAAAUCCGUCGAGCCUAUGGCAAGCUCUGCUUCUCCCAGCACUCCCACUAAGAAGUGA